UUAAUUGGCUGUGUGCUGUUGGGAGGCUUCCAGCGGCGUCCGGGAUUGGCCGGGCCCCAGAGGGCGGGUCCUCGGCAGCCAAUGAAAAGGCCCGUGUUGGUCUGGGACCCGGCCCUCGGAGUUCAUCAGUGACGCAACGUCGCCCGGAGUCCGGGAAUUCCCAACUUGCCGAAACUUUCCCACCUGUGUACACACUGCGGUGGAAGAGGCACUUGUCGAAAGAACGCGUUGCCGUGAACCCUUGAGAACCGGGCCCCAGCGGAUUCCGUCUUCUGCGUCGGGCCUCCAGUGAAUUUAUGGUUCCUGCUCUCAAGGAAGGUGCAGACUUCCUGGAGAGAUCAAGCAUUAAAUUAAACAAAUAAGGACCCAGGCCCAGAAGAGAAACGUCGCGAGAUACAGAGACGCUCCAGCUAAAGAAGACCACCUGGCUGCUGAAGGCCUCUAAGAAAUGGGGAAAUAUAGUCUGCAUGUGAGGAUGGAGUGUGGGGUGGAGCUGGACCAGCUCGGGCAACGGGGAAGACGACAGCCCCGGUCUCUGCCCAGGUGGACCAACGGUGGCCUGAGGCUAGAGGAUUGGCUGCUUCAGUGGCAGAGCCAGGGGAGGUGGCUGCAAUGGGACAUCUGCAUCCCAGAGUUUUCUGGGACCAAGGAUGAGACCUACUUCCCAAAAUUCAGAUGUGGGCCAGCAGGAAGUCAGACCCAGCAAGGAGUCACCUAGAUCUGCCUGACAGAACCAGCUGCUUGGGACUCAGGAUAUCCACUAUUAACUGUCCAGGAAGGAUCUGUCUAGUGCAGAGGUGCUGCCCAGGGCUUCCAGAGCGACAGUGGAGGAGGAAGCUGUCGAGGAGCCAGAGCUGGACAGGCCUUCGGCCCUCAAGGACCUCCACUUUCAUCCUAUGGAUCUGUAUGACUCUGGAGACAGACUGCAGAUCUUCCCGGAAGAAAGCAGUCGGAUGAGAAGAGAAGUCGUCCAAGCUGAAAUGACCAGUGAGCCAAGAGGGGCAGUAAAAGGUAAGCCCCAAAGAGACCUUGAAGAGGACGUGGACGAACUUGUGCACUUAUAUGGACUUGAAGAUGAUGAUGAAUUAGGGGAUGAGUUUGUUAACGUAAACACACCCAGAAUAGAAAUUUCAGAAUAUUCUCCUUACAUGAUGGCAAGGAGAGAAGCAGCCAUGGAGCAGAGAGACUGGAGAUGUAGCGGAGAGGCAGCUGAGGCUGAAGACCUGAGCUUUGGAGGGUGGGGCUCAGAGGGCCAGUGCCAAGACCUUCGGGAGGCCUACAGGUACACUCAUGGCCGUGCCAGCGAGGAGUACGAGUGCUACGUUAUCCCAGAGGAGGAGGACGAGGAAGAAGCUGCCGACGUCUUCUGUGUCACUUGCAAAACUCCAAUAAGAGCUUUGGAGAAGGUUUUGGAUGAACACAAAGAGCAUGAGGUGAUCCCACUCAGUAAAGCACUGGAAAGUGCCAAGGAUGAAAUUCACAAAAACAUGUACAAAUUGGAAACGCAGAUUAUCGAGAUGGAAAACUUUGCCAGUCACCUAGAGGAGGUUUUCAUCACUGUGGAGGAGAAUUUUGGAAGACAAGAACAAAACUUUGAGUACCAUUACAAUGAGAUCUUGGAAACACUUGCUCAAAAAUAUGAAUCAAAAAUACAAGCUCUAGUGGAGAAAAAGAAAGAGAGGCUGGAAGCCUUGUAUGGACAACUGGUCAGCUGUGGAGAAAACCUGGAUACCUGUAAAGAACUAAUGGAAACAGUAGAGGAGAUUUGUCAUGAAGAAAAGGUUGACUUCAUAAAGGAUGCUAUGGCUAUGGCUGACAGACUCAGACAGUUUCUGGAAACAAAAACAGACGUGGAAAUCUCUGCACAGCCUGCCUUGGAGGACCAGAAUUUGGACUUCUCUGAUGUGGAGCAGCUUCUGGGCUCCAUUAACACCAUCCCAGCUCCUUCUGCCCCAGUGAUAAACCCACAGGCCCCCAACUCAGCCACAGGUUCCUCAGUCCGCGUGUGCUGGAGCUUGUACUCUGAUGACACCGUGGAGAGCUACCAGCUGUCCUGCCGCCCAGUGCAGGAGGGCUCACGUGGGAAGGACCAAGCAGAGUUUACAAUGACUGUCAAAGAAACAUACUGCUCAGUGACAAACCUUGUGCCAAAUACCCAGUAUGAGUUCUGGGUCACAGCUCAGAACAGGGCUGGUGUCAGCCCCGCCAGUGAGUGUGCAGUGUACAUGACAGCACCUUCUCCCCCCGUUAUAAAGACCAAGGAGGUCAGGAGCUGCGAGGAGGCUGCACUGAUUUGCUGGGAGUCAGGGAACCUGAAUCCUGUGGACUCGUACACGGUGGAGCUGACCCAGGCAGAGACGCCGGGAGCCUCGGGCGUGACUGAGUCUGUUGUGGGCAUCCCCACCUGCGCGUCCCUGGUGCAGCUGCAGCCCAGGCAGAGCUACACGAUCUACGUGCGAGCCCUCAACGUCGGGGGCCCCAGCGCGAGAAGCGAGCCUGCCACAGUCCACACCACAGGCAGCUACUUCCGCCUGAACGAGCAGACCUGCCAUCCCUGGCUGACCGUUUCUGAAGAUGGGCUGACAGCUGUACGAAGCGAGAGGAGGACCCCUGCAGGGGAGCCACCCCCCAGCAACACCCACUUUACCAGGUGUGUUGCUGUCAUGGGAGACCUAAUUCCAGUCCGAGGGCGCCACUACUGGGAGGUGGAAGUGGAUGAGCAUUUGGACUACACAGUGGGUGUGGCCUUCGAAGAUGUUCCCAAACAGGAAGAGCUGGGAGCGAACUGCCUGUCCUGGUGCAUGAGGCAUACGUGGGCGAAACCAAGGCAUAAGUACGAAUUUCUACACAACAAGAUGACUCCAGACAUAAGAAUAACCGUUUCCCCAAAGAAGAUUGGCAUUCUAUUAGACUAUGAAAAUUCAAAAUUGUCAUUUUUUAAUGUGGACAUUUCUCAGCAUCUAUACACAUUUAGUUGUCAGCUUCACCAGUUUGUGCAUCCCUGUUUUUCUUUGGAAAAGCCUGGGUGUCUAAAGAUACACAAUGGCAUUUCAAUGCCCAAGCACGUCACUUUCUACUAGACCAGUCUGUUGCCCAGCUCCUUGUCUGUCUUCUGUACCCUCCUCUGAGCCACUCUGCCUCAGCAUUCAAGCACCGUGCACCAGCACAGCUUACGGCUCAUGUCACCUGCAGAUGGUGUUCCGGCAGCGCUUCCCCAGCCUGGGUUUUGUCUUGUGCCACCUGUGAGAUUCUGUUAGUCAUUACUGGGCCUGGCUGUAAAGUGAGGGCUCAGACUAAAUAAACUCAGAGGUCCCUUGGCUUGUCAAAUGGUGUUGGUCUGUUUGUGUUUAUGCAAAGUAUCUAGUCUCUAAGGCCUACUGAGACCGGGGGAGAGAAGGGGAAGAGAUGCGUGAAUGUCAAUGGAUGCAACAGCCCCAGCGUGCUCCAUUCAUUAGUCAGCCAGGAACAGACCUGAGAAGGCAGGAGGUUUUCCAUAGAGAACUGGAAGCCAUGUGCCGUCUCCUCUCCUGUUUCCUAGUAAUUGGCAGCACUGUGAUGAGGUACAAGCUCUGUAACACCAUUCCUCCUCCAUAGCACUCACCCUGUUCUAAUUUGUGAAAUGACUUCUAUGCCUAUUCCAUGAAGCAGGGACAGUGAGUCUUGUUCAUCACUCGGUC